UAAAGCCAGGACAGCAAGCCUGUAAAACACGUUCCGCAAAGCCUUCCAAUCCAGUCUCUUCAGCCGGAGCAGCAGAUCAGGUCUCUGCACCCUCACCCGGCACCGCAUUCCCGUUCGCAUUCCCCACUCUGGAAACCAUUUUUUUUUUUUUUAGUUGUUUUUAUUUGAGUGCUGAGUUCGCGGCUCAACAGGCGAGAGAGUCGGACAGUUUCUGGGAUGGAUGCUGCUGAGAGAACCGCCCCGGAGAGCCGGCUGGAGAGGAGCAGCCACACGGCGUUCAUUGACAACAACACACUGUAUGUGUGGGGAGGUUACCAGGUGAGCAAGGUUGUUGCUGGAGAGGACGUCAUGUUGCCCAGUGAUGAGAUAUGGCUCUGUGAUUUAGACAGCGGGACGUGGGAGUGGCGGGAGAUCACUGGAGACAAACCCCCAGACUUAUCAGGCUUCUGUGGCUCUCAUGUUAACGGCGCACUCUACAUCUUUGCAGGUUGCGACUCCCUUGGAUACACAAACCAGAUGUUCAGCGUUGACCUUACAGAGCAGCACUACUCAUGGCAGAGGGUGACCGACACUGUGGGAACGACACCAUCACCACGAAACAAACACUCCUGCUGGGUUCACGGAGACAGAUUGAUCUACUUUGGUGGAUAUGGAUGUAAGACAAUGGGGGAGGUACGAAACACAUCGUCGGCAAGCUUUGUCGUGGAAGAGAUGUCCUGGACAACAAUUGGAAAUGCCUUAUUCAGGUGCUGGGGCUGGAACAAUGAAGUCAAUGUUUUUGACACACACACUGCUACGUGGAGCAUGCCAGAGACUCAGGGUCCGGUUCCUGCGCCCAGAGGCUGCCACUCUAGCGCCCUUGUGGGGAACAAAGGUUACAUAUCUGGUGGCGUGGAAACAGCAGAAUUGGACAUGUUCUGCUUGGACCUGGGAACCUGGACCUGGACUCAAUUUGACGUCUCCCAGUCCUGUACGCCUCUGGGGCGCUCUAUGUUCACCAUGACGCCCGUAUCAGAUCACACACUCUUCAUAUACGGAGGUCUCGGCACAGACGGAAACACUCUCAAUGAUGCCUGGCAGUUUGACACUCAGAGGAAAGAGUGGACCGAGAUGACGCACCCACACAAGGACAAGCCCAGGGUGUGUCACACAGCGUGCCUGGGAAGUGACAACGAUGUUGUUGUGUUCGGGGGAAGCAGCAACAUGCGGAUCCUCAUGGACUCGGUGGCUGUUCUGAGGGCUCCAUCACAAGAUCACUGCAGAGACGUGUUCAUCUUCCAGACCCAGCCAUACUCCCUCUUCAGAUUGUGUGAGGACUUCAUAGGAAGAAACCCGGAGCUGUUUGGGAAGCAGCUGAACUGGCUCCCAUCAAAGCUACGUAGCAAAAUCGAGAAGCGAGUUGCCUUUUUCUCCUCUGCCACGCCUGUUCUCACAGCUUGAAGAGGUGUUUUUAGUGACAAUAUUCUGAGCCAGUCAGUUAUUACAAAAAAUGUUUUCAUUCUUUGUGUCAGGAAUGUCUGUAUUUGUGUUUAAAUGAUUUAAAAAGAACAUGGUGCUAAAGUUGCAUUGUUUUUAACUUAAGAAACCUAAUGUGUAAAUUAAGUAUUUUUUGCCUUAUUUUAAACAAUUCAGUUUAGAUUAUGUCAAAUUUUACUCCAUAUAGUGAUUUGAUGAUGUGCAAUCUGUUUUUGAAUAAAGGUAUUGAUAUGUUGUAUAUUA